AUGGCACUCUUAGAAGACGUUGCAUUCAACUCCAACAUACCUGUACCUCUGGAUAUAACAGUAGCAGUGGUCUACUCCAUUUUUGGAGUAUGUUCACUGUUUGGAAACAGCACGCUGCUGUAUGUCUCCUACAAGAAAAAGCACCUCCUGAAACCUGCAGAGUACUUCAUCAUCAACCUUGCUGUUAGUGACCUGGGCCUGACUCUUUCCUUAUACCCAAUGGCGAUAACUUCAAGCUUCUACCACAGGUGGCUGUAUGGGAAAACAGUGUGCUCCGUGUAUGCUUUCUGCGGCAUGUUGUUUGGGAUCUGCAGUCUGACCACUCUCACCCUACUGAGCGUGGUGUGCUUUGUGAAAGUGUGUUAUCCUCUCUAUGGGAACAGGUUUAACUCGGUUCACGGCUGUCUGCUCAUUGCCUGUGCUUGGAUCUAUGCCUUGCUGUUCGCAUGCUCCCCGCUGGCCCACUGGGGGAAAUAUGGACCAGAGCCCUACGGUACGGCUUGUUGCAUUGACUGGCGCCUGUCCAAUCAGCAUACCACAGCGCGCUCAUUCACCGUGGCACUGUUCAUCUUCUGCUACAUCCUUCCAUGCUGUGUUAUCGUAGCUUCCUACACAGGUAUUCUGGUCACAGUGCACGCAUCCCGCAAGAAUAUGGAGCAGCAUGUUUCAAGGCAGACACACAUGAGCAGUAUCCAGACAGUUAUUGUGAAGCUAAGUGUCGCUGUCUGCAUCGGUUUCUUUGCGGCAUGGAGCCCAUAUGCCGUGGUGUCCAUGUGGGCAGCCUUUGGACGCAUUGAAAACAUCCCCCCUCUUGCAUUUGCCAUGCCAGCCAUGUUUGCAAAGUCCUCCACCAUCUACAACCCCAUCAUCUACCUGAUGCUGAGGCCCAACUUUAGAAGGAUAAUGCGCAGGGAUCUGGGCACCCUCUGCCACUGCUGUGUGAAGAGCUGCCUUUGCCCUGAGGGUCCAUGCAAGUGCUGCUCCAAGCUGGAGAUCAGGGUCAGGCUACGCAAAAUCCACAGACAAACCAAUAAAUUCCCCUCUUCUAACUCCUCUGCACAACCUCCUUCAGCAUGCCUAAAAGACCACAACUGUGAGAGGUGUAAGGAUGCUUUUGAAUGCUUCAGACACUACCCCCAGAUGUGUGGUGUUACCAACCCAGCAGUCAGUGAAGUCUUAUCUAAGGACCACAACAACCCAGUUCAGCAAACAAAUAAGCAAAAGACCAAAAAUGUGUGCCACAAAAAGUCUCUGCUGGCCAGCAUGUGUGCAAAAAGAACUACAGAAAUAGACAACUUACAUAUUAAUUUAGAGAUGGUUCCAGGGCAUGCUAAAGUGGCUUGGCCCUGAUAUUUCACUUUAUUUUUGUUUACAUAAUAUCUCUGGACAUAUGUUACGGGAAAAAAUAAAAUUUCAGAAAUAAUGAUCUUAUUCAGGAAUGAACUAUAUGCAAAAGAGUUUGGGCAGGUGCCAUGGAAACCUAUUUAUUUUUGUAUGACUCACUCUGCUUUCUUCUUACUCUGAGUUUUAUUUUAGCAGACAGAUAUUUAAGGGAUGUUUUGUAUGCACUAUUUUACACAAAUGCUUUGAUGUACAGUGGACAGCAAGUGCAGGGGUU